UUUACAUACAUUUCGCGCUCUUCCAAUUAUGGCCGAGAAAUUAGUGAAAAGUGAGUGAAAAUCGGUGUAAAAUAUGUGUAAAAUCAAGAUUUUGUGCCACUAACUAUGGAACUCAGUCUGUACGGAUCACAGAUUAACCUGGCAACGCGCGAGAGAAUCACCCCCACCAACAGUUACCAACACUUGGCGGGUGCAGGAACGUCAUCGUCGUCAGUCGGUCGACCGGGAUCGGCAUUUAACAAUAGUCGUCCUUUUCCGGCCCACAUUAGACGGCCAUUAUCAGCUGAUAGUCAGAUACGGCGAAAAUCGUUCUGCAUUGGUGGUGGCGGUGGUAGCAAUAGUUCAGCUUCGGGCUAUCUAUCAAAGCGAAGCAUUUCGUCGUCGAGUUUACUGAAGUCACUUUUGGCGGAACCUAUAUCGCGUUACUGGGGUUCCAAGACGUUAACGGGCUCCGGGUGCUCCGGAGGCGUGGUAGCAGCCCGAUCAGCGAAGCACAUGUCGAAAGUGAAGAGUAAGAAGCGAAGUGCGGUUCCUAAGAAGAAGGUGAUAGAUUGUAGUUCAGAGGAGGAGACCAGCAUGGACGAGGAUACGCAGGAGUCGAACAACGAAACUGAGUUGGAGAACAUUUGGUCCAGGGAUGGGAUGAAGAUUUUACCGGGGAUGGAUAAGAAACCACCAAUACCGCGUGGAGUUAUGCGAAAGGUGGUUUCGAAGAAACUUGGAAAUGUGACGGUGCCACCGAGUGCAGUGCAGAAGUUAGAUAAGAAGAUCGACCUACCGGGAAGGGUGUCGUUCAGUUCGAAUGAUCCGUACGAGAUCGACUACAGUGACUACGAAGAUAAUGAGUUUGCGUUGACGAAGCCAGAUCCCUUGGGUGAGAUAGGUCAGCGCAGUUCGGAAUCGGUUUACGAUGAGCGAAAAUUUCAGGAACCGUUGACGGGACACCAACCUAAGCCAAGAUUCAGUUUGGUUAAGUUUGAAGAAGAAUUGACUAGUUCUGGUUAUGAUACAAAGGAGGACAAGUCUGAAAAGUUAGUGAAGUUCGAUUCGACGCCGGAAUCCUUCUGUGAUGACGACGAUUCGAGCAAAAUCAUCGAAGAGUACAAGAAGGAGAUUGAAGAUAUCAAUCGGCGAAGGGAGAUGGAACUCAAAAUGGUGCAAUCGGAAAGCUCUAAAUCGUAUGAUCCGAAACGCUACACAACCGUCGAAGUCACCGAAACAUACGUGGAAGAGACGUAUAGAAUAGCAGCUAGUUGUACUAGCGCAACCGACGAUACGGACAACGAGAUUGAGAAGCUGCGCAGUGCAACAGGAAGUGGCAAGAAGGAUGUGAUCAACGAAUAUUACGAAUGCAUUAAUGAGAUUAUCAACCAACAAGGGGACAAGAAGUCCAGACAGGAUAGCAAAGAAGAUACAUUGAAGCUGAAUUUGAACAAUGAAGCAAAAUCACUUCCCGUAGAGAAAAACUUUCAAUCGAUCAAGCCUGCUCCGAAGCUUGAAAAAAACAAGCUGGAUAGUAGCUCCAGUCAAAUCAUAAAGAACUACUUCAAAGUGAAAGAACAGAACUUCAACGAGUUGAAAGCGACCAAGGCAAACCAAAAAAAUAGCAAUCUACUCCCGAAGAAGAAUGGGAAAGCCUUGGAGAAACCCAAAUCGGCAGACGUUCAUAAGUCGAUCCUGAGAAAUGCAAAGAAAAAUAAUACGGGGGCUAAGUUUUCUACUCCUCUGUGUCGACAGGAGAGCAAUAUCUCAGAAUACCAAAUGGAGAAGGUGGUCAGCUGGAUGUCUUGUAAUGAGGACACCUUCCCGAAGCCCUACGAAAGUGACCCGGAUGGCGGUGGGUUGUUGGGCCCAAUUGAAGCCAAAGGUCGUCCAACAACUCCAACCGAUCUGAACAAGACUGAUGACGAAUCCAACUUCAACUUUGAACAUGGGUGCAGGGAGAUGGCCGGUAGUGAGCAAACCAACUACGACGAUGAAUCGUUAGUGAGUGAGGUGGCGAAGCCGAAUUCGGACUUUCAAGUCUUGAAAAGCGAAGUAGAGUACCGACUGAGUAACAUUCUGGACUCGCGUGAUUCACCGGACAGUGCGGCUCAGUACCAGCAUGAGGAACACGACAGAGACAAGGUGAAGGAUCUUCUCUCCUACCUCGAUCAGGUCGAGAUGAAGUGCGAGAAGGCCUUCAAGUCGGCGGUUCCUUCGGAGUCGGAUCGAUCGGAGGUCGACUUCGCUGCGGAGCCAGAUUACAUUGAAACCGUUCCCAAAAUGAAUGACCUGUUGGAAAUUCCUGUUCACCAAUUGGCCAGACGCAUCAUUAAACUUUCCCUACGUGCCAACGAACUAAGCAACGCCAUGCAGCUGUCGAAGGAGCAUCUUUCAAAUGUGAAAUCGGACAAGAUGAAGGCUGUGCGAGCCGAGAAGACUGCAUUCCAGAACAAGAUGAAGGAACAGAAGAAACACUACGAAGACAUCAUCGGUCGUCAUCAGGAGUUCAUCGAUCAGCUUAUCAAGGACAAGUCCGGAUUGUGCGAUAAGGUAACGCAGCUGACGAGAAGAAUCGAGUCACAAAAUCAGAGUUGGGAGCAUAGGCUGAAAACCGAGCUUGAAAAGGCUAAAGAUACGGCGCUGGCAGCGGAGAAGAUUCGAAGGGAAAAGUGGGUUAGGGAAAAUACCAAGAAGAUUAAGGAGCUCACCGUGAAAGGAUUGGAACUGGAGAUAAACAAAAUGACUGCCACUCAUCAGAAGGAAAUUGCAGAGCUAAAGCGGCAGCACAAGGACGACAUGAUGUGUGCUGUAUCGGAGCUCAAGUUGCAGUACGAACAGAAGGAAGCGGAUAUUCGACAGAACAUGCAAAAGGAAAGAGAAGCGUUGAUCGAGAAGGAGAGACAAGCUUUGCUCGAUCGGUUCGAUAAGCAAGUCAGCGAGGAGCGGUCGAUUUUCGAGCAACAGCGGAAUCAUUUACUGAAUGAGUUUGAGAUCGAGAAGGAACGCAAUCUCAAGGAACUGAAGAACCGAAAUCAUUAUUUUGAAACGCAAAUUCAUGAACUGAAGAGUGAUAACGCGAAGAACCUGGAGUUUGCUCGUAAAGAGUACGUUCAGAUGUUGAAGGAUCGGGAAAAUAAGCACAAGGAAGAGCUAGCCAAACUGCAAAAUCAGCUUGAAGCUGAUUUUGCUGUUUGGAAGAGGAAGCAUGAGGAAAUAGCUAAGUUGGCUAUGGACGAACGAGAAAAUACGGUGCGCCAGCAGCUGCGUGCGGAAAGGGAUCAGCAAAUCGAUCGAAUUGUGGCCAAGGUGGAUGCAGAGACUCACAAGUACCAGGAAGAAUUUGAUGCCAAAAUGAAUCGUCUCAAAGAGAAGCAUCAGGUGGAGAUGCGCGAGCAGGAAGCAAAUGAAGCUUUGUUGAAGCAAAAGUAUCAGGACGCUCGGGCUCAGAUGGCAGAAAGCGAAGCGACGAUUCAGAAUAUGAAAUCCUCGAUGAAACAGGUGGACCUGCAGUUAAGCCACUCGAAGAAGCUUUGCGAGGAGUUGCUUCGUGAGAAGGAGACCAUGAAGAAUGAAGCUCGGAAGGAGGUUCAGAAGGAUUUGUCCAAUAUACAGAAGGAUCGCGAACGGGAGAUUGAGCGGAUCUACUGCAGAGUUCAGCAGGCCAUCGACAAGAAGGACACAACCAUUGGCAGUUUACAGAAGGAAAUUGCUUCGCUGAAAGAUAGGUGCCUUAAGCAAGAUGCUAUCAUUCGGCAGCAACGCAUAGACUAUUGUAUAAAGUAAAAUAGGA